UACGCCUGCAGUAAGUGGUGGAUUGAUAUCGCGGUGUGCGCUAUUAAAACUAGAAAAAUUGUGCAAUAUUUUGGAAUAUGAUAACCCUAAAGGACGUUCUAUUAUUUGGUUUAUCCGCAUUUUUGGCAUUUUAUCUUUACUGUAAAUACAAAUUCAAUUAUUUUAAGUUAAAAGGCGUUCCACACAAACCACCAAGUUUCCCAUUUGGAAACAUCUUAGACGUAUUCAUCUCGGGCGAACCAGUGGGACAGUACAUUGGAAAACUCUGCUUAAAAGUCGACGGACCGUUCUUCGGCUUUUACGCAUUAACGAAACCGUUCCUGAUUAUAAUGGAUCCGAAGAUUGUGAAAAAUGUUCUCAUCAAAGAUUUUCACGUGUUUUCAAACCGAUACAUUUACAUCGACCCAAAAGUUGAACCGAACUUGGCCUACUCGUUACUCGGCAUGAAAACUCCUCAGUGGAAAACACUCAGGAAGCAGAUUUCCCCGGCAUUCACGUCGGGCAAAAUUAAAAUGAUGAUGCCGCUUAUGACAGAAUGUGGAAAAAAUUUAGAAAAAUACUUGUCGGGGGUGGUUGGACAGGAUAUUGAGAUGAAGCAUGUUUCCAACAUGUACACGACGGAUGUUAUUGCUACAUGCGCGUUUGGAGUGGAUGCGAAUUCAUUUUCGGACGGAGACAACGAGCUCUUGAGGUAUGGUAGAAUGAUAUUUCCCAGAACAGUAUUGCAGUCUCUAAAAACAGCCUCUUACUUCCUUGCGCCGUCGAUAGUAAAGUUUUUUAAAUAUCGAUUUAUUACUGAGGAAGUAGAUAGAUUUUUUCGCAACGUGUUUAAGAAUGUGAUUAGUCAACGUGAGGCCAGUAAAGUAAAGCGAAACGAUUUAGCGGAUAUUUUAAUUGAAAUUAAAAACCAAGACUACGAAGAGAGUGACUUCAAAUUCGAUGAGAACAUUCUAACAGCUCAAGCACUAGUUUUCUUUGGAGCAGGACAUGAGACAACCAGUUCUACAAUCUCUUUUGCACUGCACGAACUAUGCUUUAACCCAAACGCUCAAGACAAACUCAGAGACGAAAUUCAUACAGUAAUAGGAAAACACGACGGUUUAACGUAUGAAGCCGUACAGGAUAUGAAAUACCUACACAUGGUUGUGUGUGAAGUUAUGCGCAAAUACCCGCUGACACCGUUUAUCACCCGCGAAUGCGGCGAAGAUUACAAAGUGGAAGGAACCGAAAUGCUGAUCGAGAAAGGUACACCCGUACUUAUUUCUCAAGAUGCCUUACACCUGAAUCCAAAGUACUUUCCAAAUCCAGAAAAGUUCGAUCCUGAGAGAUUCAGUGCCGAAAACCUUCACAAGAUUGAAAACUACACCUAUUUACCCUUUGGAGAAGGACCACGGCUCUGUAUAGGUGAAAGAUUUGGCUUAUUAAGCACAAAGUUGGGUAUAAUUCAUAUGGUUAAGAAUUUUAAGAUGGUGAGAAAUUCGCUAGCUAAAGAACCCCUUGAAUUCUCACGGAUUCCUGUAAGGACUGCGAAAAAUGGCGUUCACAUGACGUGCAUAAAAAUUUAGUAUAUAAGCUAUAUGUAGACAACACUGUAUGUUAGCAACGACGUUUUAGGCAACUAUUGGAAAUGAAGAGAUGAUAUUUUCCGUACUCCAUUUUGAAGACAAACCUGAAAGGCGUGUUUUUUUAAGGGGAUACUUCUUCAUUUAUUUGAAUUAACACUGUUUCUCAUUUUCGUUUUUAGAACCAAGAUGACAGAUGCAAAAAAAAGAAGAAAGGCGCAAUUUCUCUACUUGAUAUAUCGUUCGAAUCGUAGUAAAAGGGCCCCUUUAAUAAAUGUAUAAAUGGCUAUGGUUUCUAUUACAAAAAAACUCAAAGACCAUAAUUGACGUGAAAAAUUCAAUGGGGUUAUUAAGCACAUGAGCUAGGUGGAUAUAUCUGUAGACAUCAAAGAGAUGUUUUCCGUUAUCAAAAAGACAAAACGCGUAUUACAUUCGUCUCUCUUUACAUCUCCUAGUACCAGAGAUGCUUAAACCAUCGAAUAAAGCCCAUCCUGUAUAUUAUAGGUAGCGAUUUGUUUAUGAGUUUGUAUUCUCUCACGACCAUUUACAAAUGGUUCUACUAUUUGUUGCUUGUAUUAUUUUGCAGCUAUUUUAAUUAUU